AUGUGGAUAAAUGACCAAAAAUAUGAGUUUCCUCAGUUUGCAUAUAGAAAUACGUCGCUGAGGAAUUUGGUUUUAUGGCAUUGUCAACUGAACCCUCUUGGUAGUGUUCAUUGGAGUAGUCUCGUUUCUCUUUCAUUUGGGUUCAAUGACUUGACGGAGGGUGUCAUGGAGAAGGUAUUAUCUGGUUGCCCUAACUUGGGGUGCUUGGAACUAAAUCAAGUUUGGGGCAUACAGAGUUUGAAAAUUAGCUCUGUGAAGCUCAGAGAAUUGACCAUACGUGACUACUAUGAUGAGAAUCAUGAUAUUUGGCUCGAAAUAUCAGCCCCGCAUAUACAAAAGUUGGAACUUUUGGGAUUGUGCACUGAGAUACGCAUCGUGCAGAGAAAUGUGGCAUCACUUGUUACUGCAAUCCUUUGUUUGAACCUUGAUUCUGAGGGUGAAGAACGCAACUUAGAGAAGGAGUGCAGCUAUUUGAAGGAACUUUUUCAUGGUGUUGCCCAUGUCGAAAAUCUUGAAUUGGGUACCUGGUGCAUAGAGUGCCUGUCCAUCCUUGAGUUGAAAGGGUGGCAAUCUCCACCAUCAAGCCGGAAAUUUUUAAAACUUAGCACAACCUUAAAUCCGUUGGAGUUUCCUGGAAUUUGCAGCUUUUUGCAGAGUUCACCGGAUCUUGAGACAUUGGUCAUUGACUGGCAGGAGUACAAUCACAAACUAAGAUUUAUAGACAAGAUUAGGAUUGUAAUUGUAAGUAUCAGAGGGGUUAUUAGUAGUUCUUCAUUUCCAGGUAACAGUGUAUUUCUCGAAUCAACAUUUAAGAAGGAUUGCUCUAUAUGUUUUGUGAUUUCUAUUCAUAUUGCUGAUGCUGAUUAUGUUUUCACACUUUGA